CCCAAUCCCCAAUCCCCAAUGUCUAGGUAGCUGCAGCUGUAGCCGCAUAAGCGUAGAAUAAGCGUAGAAUUCGCAAGGUAGGAAUAACGACAUCAAGGGCCUCGACUUCCACGCUACGUAUAGACUAUACCGUAUAGUCUCAGUACCUCGUGCCUCCUUUCAGGCAAUAACCCCCUCGUGAUUCCCCACUUCAUCUUAUUUCUCUCUUGGGGAAAUAUCUCAUCAUCCCCUGGUCCCUGUUACGUGGAUUAAGAUCGCGUCUACACCGAAUCGGGGUUUCUUUUACAUUACAACAUCUCUACCAAGUUACAUAAAGUACCUGACCUACUUUAUAUAACCAGGUAUAUAAGCUUGGGCAUUGCUUAAUCUUCCCCCGUCCCUGGUGUCCUAAACGACAGCAACACAUACGCUCCCAUCCUUGCGACUCUACGUAUUAUUCGCCGGUUUAUACAAUCCAACGGCGUAGCAAUACCUUCGCGAUGGGUCGCUUUACUAUCCGCAAGCCCGAGCAUGACGCCGGCAAGGCGUGGCCUGCCAUUGCCAUCGGCCUGUUCGUAGCAUUCGGUGGCAUUCUAUUCGGUUAUGACACCGGAACUAUUAGCGGUAUCCUAGCUAUGGACUUCUUCCAAAACCUCUUCUCAACCGGCUACGUCAACACACACGGCCAUCUAGACAUCUCACCCUCACAAUCCUCUGCCAUCGUGUCGAUUCUCUCUGCGGGCACUUUCUUCGGAGCUUUGGGGUCGCCGUUCAUCGCCGAUACUAUAGGUCGCCGCUUAUCUCUCAUCGUCUCUUCGUGGGUCUUUAUUUUCGGCGUCAUACUCCAGACAGCUGCUACGGCCCUGCCUCUGUUCCUGGCCGGUCGUUUCUUUGCCGGCUUCGGCGUCGGUUUGAUAUCUGCUCUGAUUCCCUUGUACCAAAGCGAGACGGCACCGCGUUGGAUUCGAGGUGCCAUCGUAGGCGCGUACCAGUUUGCCAUCACGAUCGGCCUGCUCCUCGCCGCAAUUGUAGACUACGCCACGCAGUACCGUCAGGAUACCGGCUCGUACCGCAUCCCUAUCGCCGUACAGUUCGCCUGGGCCAUCAUCCUCAUUGCCGGUAUGCUUCUGCUACCGGAGACUCCCCGGUACUUGAUCAAGAGAGGACAGCAGGAUAAGGCAGCCCGUUCUCUUGGCAAGCUCCGAAGGAUCGAUCGCAACCACACCGCUAUCCAAGACGAGUUAGCCGAGAUUAAGGCGAACAAUGAUUAUGAGCUGAGCAUCGGAUCGGCUUCCUAUCUUGAUUGCUUCCGCGGUCCCAUGCUAAAGCGACUUCUCACCGGUAUGGGAAUACAAGGGCUUCAGCAGUUAACAGGUGUCAACUUUGUGUUUUAUUAUGGUGUAAAUUAUUUCAAGAACUCGGGUAUCCAAGAUCCAUUCACGAUCCAAGUAAUCACGUCUUGCAUCAACGUCUUCUCAACCCUCCCUGGUCUGUGGGCUGUGGACAGGGUUGGCCGUCGCCCGCUUCUCUUAUGGGGCGCAGUCGGAAUGUGUAUCAGCCAAUUCCUUGUGGCCAUACUCGGCACCCUGACGACGGGGCAAGACGAGGCAGGUAAUGUCGUGGUCUAUAACGUCGCGGCGCAGAAGGCCGGUAUCGCCUUUAUUUGUAUCUACAUCUUCUUCUUUGCCAGUACCUGGGGACCUCUUGCGUGGGUAGUGACGGGCGAGAUUUUCCCCCUAAAGAUGCGGGCCAAGUGCCUUAGUAUGACUACCGCCACCAACUGGCUCCUAAACUGGGCGAUAGCCUACGCGACCCCGUAUCUCGUCAACUACGGCGAGGGUUACGCCAACCUGCAGUCCAAGAUCUUCUUCGUGUGGUUCGGUGCCUGUUUCAUCUGCAUCGCCUUCGUGUACUUUUUCAUAUACGAAACCAAGGGAUGGUCGCUUGAAGAGGUGGACGAGCUAUAUAGCGAAGUGAGCAGUGCGCGCAAGAGUGCCGCGUGGACCCCGAGUUCUACAUUCUCGCAACGGCAAGGCGUCAACACGAAGGCUACCGGCGACGUUGAUAGUGCUGCGGCUGAUAGGCAUGCCGAAAAGUUGGCCGAGAGUGAAGGACACACCGGCGUUUCGCAUCAUGACGAAAAAUCCUCGGUAUAGAAUUGGCGGCGCUCUUAGAUUCAUGUUUAAUAUUCUUCUGACUUGAGGUAUAUAUUUCAAAACACGUUGUUUUCCAGAUAUCUCCUCAGCUAGUCUUAGCAAGGAGACCUGCUCGGGAGUCGUGGGAAAGCAUGUAUUUUAUAAACUGAGUACUAACCAGGCUCUGCGAUCGUUACUAGAAACUAAUCCACAUUCGCCUAUAUAUAUCGGGUUCUCA